AGCGGGGCUGCAAGCUGUCAGGCAUCAGGGGCCGCGGGGCCAGCAGCCCUCCAAGGACUGCGGGGCCAGCGCGGCGCUGGUCUGCCCUGCCGCCGCCUCUGAGCUGUCCCGCGGGCCGGGCAUGAGCGCGGGCGCCGGUGCGGCAAGAUGAGCACCGGGGGCAGCCCGGUUCGCGCCUAUGAUUUCCUGCUCAAGUUCCUGCUGGUGGGCGAUAGCGACGUGGGCAAGGGCGAGAUCCUGGCGAGCCUGCAGGACGGUGCGGCCGAAUCCCCGUACGGUCACCCCGCGGGCAUCGACUACAAGACCACCACUAUCCUGCUGGACGGCCGGCGGGUGAAGCUGCAGCUCUGGGAUACGUCGGGUCAGGGAAGAUUUUGUACCAUAUUCCGCUCCUACUCUCGGGGCGCACAGGGUGUGAUCCUGGUCUACGACAUCGCAAACCGCUGGUCCUUUGAUGGCAUCGACCGGUGGAUUAAGGAGAUUAAUGAGCACGCCCCGGGGGUCCCUAAAAUCCUGGUGGGGAACCGCCUGCACCUGGCUUUCAAGCGGCAGGUCCCCACGGAACAGGCCCAGGCCUAUGCGGAGCGCCUGGGUGUGACAUUCUUCGAGGUCAGCCCGCUGUGCAAUUUCAACGUCACUGAGUCCUUUAUGGAGCUGGCCAGGAUUGUGCUGCUGCGGCAUGGGAUGGACCGGCUCUGGAGGCCAAGCAAGGUACUGAGCUUGCAGGACCUGUGCUGCAGGGCAGUGGUGUCCUGCACGCCCGUGCACCUGGUGGACAGGCUGCCGCUGCCCACGGCCCUCAGGAGCCACCUCAAGUCCUUCUCGAUGGCCAGCGGCCUGAAUGCCAGGGUGAUGCACGGCCGCCCCUGUUCCCUCGCCACCAGCUCCAGCCACAAGAGGACCAGCCUCCGAAAAGCGAAGGCCGCCCACCUUCCCCAGAGCCCCCCCAAACGCUGCACCAGAAACAGCUGCAAAGUCUCCUGAGGAGGGCGCAAGGCAGAGGAGUGGCACAGGUGGGAGGCAGGAGGCCGCUCUGGAUGCAGACACCCGCCAAUGUCACAGUGACCACGCGGCCCUGAGCAAUGAAACUGCGGCCGGUACCCUGCGUACCUGACAUGUCUGCAUGGACAGGCGUGGGGCUCUUGUUUCAGACGUGUGUUUAUAAAGGGAUGACCUUCUCUCGGUAACAUGGAAUUCUGAAUGCUACUUAGAUCAUGAUUGCAGUGCAAUUUUUUUCUUAAAAUAAGUGCUUUUUAUAAGAAUGGUGACAUGUGUGUGAUGAGUAUAAAUUCUAGAGAAUGAAAAGCAAGGAUGGAGAGAGAAAUUAGAGUCUUUGACAUUACGCAGGGCCUUUUUGUAAACCUUUUUAAUGUCAAAGCACUAAUUUAUAAAAUGCCACAGAUAAGUUAGAGAUAAGGUACAACAGAUCUGUCCAGCUUGUGUAUGAAACGGAUUUGAUCGAGUUUUUGCUAUGUUAUUUACUACGUUUUGGGAUUAAUAAGUGAUUUAUAUGCAUAUUUUUCUGUAAAUCUACAUUUUUUUGUACAAGAUGUUCCAUGAGUUAUGAAGCUAAGGGAAGAAAAUGCCAAAGAUAUCUCUAGUUACAGCGAACAUACCACAGCACGGUUACACCAGGUCCAGAUCGGCAAGAAAAUGUCACUCAAAGCCUGAAGUUUCAGCUAAGAGUGAAGUGAACACUGUUGUUUAAGAAAAUGUUUCUCAACAAUAAAAAGUAUACUUGCUUCUUGGUAGAA